UCCACAGUCGGGGCUUAGGGACUGUAGCGACACGAAGGCGCCACCGGCCUCGUCGCCAGCCGCCCUCGCAACCGCCCGGAAGACAGGUAUUCAAAGCAAACCGGAGGGCACCCGCUCAGGCGCGGGAGUCAGGAAGGAGCGGCUAUCACCCGGUGUUCCUCGGCGGCAGGUGCCCAAGCCUCGCGUCAGCACCAUGGACAGCGCCCGCGAACAGCUUCAGGGACGCUUGGAUGCCGCGGGCUUCUGGCAGGUCUGGCAGCGCUUUGACGGAGAUGAGAAAGGAUACAUAGAAGAGAAGGAGCUUGAUGCUUUCUUUCACCACGUCUUGACGACACUGGGUACUGAUGCGGCGGUGGUAGAAGAAAAUGUGUGGAGACUGAAACAGCGAAUUAUGGCUCCCCAGGACGUCUCUAGAGCUGGUCGCGUACCAAUGAAAGAGCUUGCCACUAUGUUCUUGUCUGAGGAUGAAAACUUCCUUCUGCUCUUUCGUCAGGAAACCCCCUUGGACAGCAGCGUGGAGUUUAUGCAGAUUUGGCGCAAAUAUGAUGCUGACAGCAGUGGCUUUAUAUCAGCUGUUGAGCUGCGGAACUUCCUCCGAGACCUCUUCCUCCACCACAAAAAGGCCGUCCCUGAGGCUAAGCUGGACGAAUACACCGGCACCAUGAUGAAGAUCUUUGACAAAAACAAGGAUGGCCGGUUGGAUCUUAAUGACUUGGCAAGGAUUCUGGCUCUUCAGGAAAACUUCCUUCUCCAAUUUAAAAUGGAUGCUUGUUCCACUGAGGAAAGAAAGAGGGACUUUGAGAAAAUCUUUGCCCACUAUGACGUUAGUAAAACUGGAGCUCUGGAAGGCCCAGAAGUGGACGGGUUUGUCAAAGACAUGAUGGAGCUGGUCCAGAUUCGAAUCACCUCCAUGGGAAACCGGAGGAUCCCCAUCACUCUUGUCCUUGCCCUUCUAUUUCUGGUGCAACAAAACGGUUCCUCUUGUAUAAGUACCAGCCAAGUUAAGAGAGUGGGUUUUCAAGGACUGAGUGAGACCAUGGUCAGUAGUACAAAAGCAGUUGACAAAGGCUGAUUUGUUGAGCUAAAAAGUGGGGACAAAGUAGUUAAUUAUUAAAGUUCUCCUCUGAAGCCAGAUAACUGAGGUACAUAUCUAUAUUGGGUCUUUCCCAGUAGAACUUCUGCGUUGCUUAAAAACUAUUCACCGUAUAAUUUGAAGUAUGUUGUCAAGGGAGAAUCUUUGGAUAAAUCUGAUAUUUCUCAUCAAGGACCACAGGACAAGCAAACAAACAAUAUCUGGAAUUUGUUUUAAAAGCAACUAUCCGAGCACGCCGUGGAGGUCUUGAGCUGGCUCAGGUUCUAUGUGUAGAGUCUUGGUCAGGAUCGUUGAUGUUUGCGAUAAUGACCCUGACGUAAGCUUAUUGCAUAGCCUUUCAUUCUUGUUUUCUUUCAACCACGUAUGAUACAUAUAUUGAAUUGGUAUUAACAAGACUAUCUGGUUACCGGAACACCACUUUCCCUGACCUCUGGAAAAUGGUGCUCAGGGCUGUCCUCUGUCAGUAUGAUGAAACGGCAAGGUCCUGGGGGAUAUGACCCAAUAAUUUCUGCACAAGAUUUCUGAAGAGUCUGUAGGUCCCUCAGCAUGGCAUGAAAAUCAACGGGAGAAUCUAUACCUUAAGCUAGAAAGUAGAAAGGCAAGACAUUCAAGACGCUCAGCUUAUACCAGGGAGUAGAAGCGUGAAUGGUAACGUUAGAAGCCAAACAUACAGGGAUGCCAGAGGUGACCAGGAGGUCUGCCUGGAGGGCAGGAGAGGUCCUGCCCUGGGCUCCCCAAAGUUCCUUCUUUAUCCUGCUAGACGCUGCUCCUGCUUUUCUCUGUUGUUGACAAGAUGAUUAGCAAGGGGAGGACAAUACUUAACCCAAGAGAUUGAAUCUAAUAUAUGCCCCUCCAAAGAGCUAUUAGCCCGUAGCACACAUGUUCUCAUUUCUUUUCAUUUUUUAAAUGAUAAAAACGAUACGGAGAGAAAUCUGAAAGUAGAGAAAAGACAGAAGCAUGAUCUGUAUACUUGAGUAGACCUUCCAUUAACAGACUUCAUUUCUGGGCAUAUUCUGCAUGGGUUGAUCUCCACGGAUAAGCAUUUCUCAGUUACAGUCACUGUUUAGUGUCUGUAGAAGAUUUUACCUGUGCUUAGAUAGAACUUGCCUACACAUUCCU